CGGCUUGGCAGGUACCUCUUUCUUUGUAGUGAUAUACGUACGCACAUACGCACGAACUGAAGUGUUAAGGUUGCUUCUCACUCUUCUUCUUGACGCAGCCUGAUUCAGUACAAGAAUUACCCGAGGUGUCCCAGGCGGUCAAGGCAACAGUCAAGCAACACCAACGCUUGUUUAUCUUCAGAACACAACUCUACCCCAGCAAACGACUCAUCACGAAACAAUCAUGCUUCGCAAGAUCGCUCUCACUGCCGCUUUCGCGGGAGUCGUCUUCGCUCAAGAUGACACUCCGUCGUCGAUCGACCUCAACACCAUCCCGACAGUCACCAUAACCGACAACGUUGUGACUGGAUCUGCACCAGCCACUCCCGACAUCGUCACCGCCACUGGUGUAGCUUGCAUUCCCGAAGGCGACAUGGUCUUCUCCAUUCAAACCGACACCAGUAUCCGCACUGGACCUUUGACUGUCACCCCAGUUUGUGGGCAGAGUGUAGCGGCCACUGGCACAGAGACAGGAAGCAUGACUACUCAGGUCAUCAUUACGGGCGGCACGGGAGGCAACAUCACAGCUAUCAAUAACUCGACAGUCUCCCUUACGACGACUCUGGCAGGCACAGAGACCGGACUUACUACGAUCAGUGCCACGGACAGCGAGCCGACCGGAAGCGAGACGACGGAGAGUGAUGCACAGAGCGCAACGGACUCUAGUGCCCCAGCUUCUACACAAAGCGACAGCCCGGCCGGAAAAGUAGCUGUCGGUGCAGCUGCUGGUCUGUUGGGCUUGGCAGCUGGCGUCAUCAUGUUGUGAGGUGAGCAUGGCAUUGAAUGGGCCCUAGGGCAAAGCGUUUCGAACGGACACGAAGUUAUGAGAUAGCGUGCAUGAUAAUCAACAGCAUUCCUGGGGCGACUCUUCUCACUCCUCAUUUCGAAAAUUCAUCUCUAAGAUGUGGUCUUGCGAGGCGAAUCGUGCUGAGGGCGGUCGCUCAUACUCCAAUUUGCCGCGACGGAUCUAGGUCGUACAGCUCUGAAUGCCUCACGGGCCCAUCAGGGAGCUAAGACAGCUUGCGGUGUGAGAACAGGUAUUCG